AUGGUUGAUUCUGAAAUUGACCAGUUUCUCAAUGAUGAGCCAAAUAAUUCUGGCGAAAAAGGACAGCAAGAUGCUAAGCCUAAUUUUCUUGCUGCACAAUUUAACCUUGAAACAUUGUCGUCUGGUGGUAUAUCUACACGUCGUUCAAUAGACAAAAUUGCUGGCGAACCAAAUUCUGAAACUAAUACUACUGGUGGAGUUGAUGCUCAGUAUGUCGAUCAGUAUGAUGGCAGACUAUAUUUCUUUGGUGGACAAAUAAAGGAACGUUUAUAUAUUGGUGGUAAUCCUGGCAAUGAGCUUUCUGUAUCUGCUGGUCUUGGUGGAGCAUUUUUAGAUAUCGAGCCUGGUGCUGGUCAUGAGAUACCACGUGGUUACGACACUGAAAAAGUAGACUCUGUAACAGGAUGUUGUAGUUAUUUUGGUGCGGAUACAUUUAUUGAUGGUUUGUAUUCUCUUACUAGAUAUGGUCUAGCACUAACAACUAAGGUCCAGGAAAAUCAAAACAAUCUUAGAGUUAACUAUUUGUCUGGUCCUAUUGAACCAAUAUUUACUGAUAUAACAGAGGGUAUAGGCUUAAUCAUAGCGUCAUCAGAUAAAACAUCUGGUGGUAUAUAUCUGUUACCAACUACUGGAAUGGAAGUUGAAGAUAGGUAUAUCAAGAAUGAAGAUGAUGGACAUUAUUAUCCUGCUACUCCUGAUGUUCCUAUUCAGGAAGUUAUUUUUGAAACGCAUGAAUUAUCAUUAAAGAAUCCACCAACUCUCUAUUUACAUUUAUGUCAAGUUGAGUUUGACUUUGAUUAUGUAUGUUGUCCUAAAGGCCUACAGGUCUGA